AGCACUUGACACGUUACAACACGUGUUUUUAACAAUGAAAUUACUUAAAGUAUCCAUUUUCUUCUUUAGUGUAAUUUUAGUAAAAUGUGAAAAAUUCCGCUUUGAUAACUAUACGGUGUUUAAAAUUUUCCCAGAAAGUGAAACACAAAUGAAGUUACUUGAAGACCUUCAGAAUGACGUACGAUUAGAUUUUUGGACGGAUCCAGUGCCGUCAGCAGAGUUUGUCUUAGUUAUGUCGAGUCCUGGGGAUAAAAAUGAACUUGUUAGUUUCUUGGAGACAAAUAAGAUGAAAUCCGAAAUCACCAUGAGCAAUGUUCAGGAAAACAUCGACAAACAGACUGUCAAGCGAUACACUCGUAGCAACGUCCGCUCUAUGACCUGGGACGCCUACUACUCACUAGAGGAUAUCUACUCUUGGCUUGACGACUUAGUAACUGCAUAUCCGGACAUUGUCACUGAAAUCAUUGGUGGAGGUUCUUAUGAGGGCAGGGACAUUAAGGGAAUCAAGAUAUCUCAUGGCAGCGGCAGAAGAGCUAUCUUCAUCGAAGGUGGCAUCCAUUCAAGAGAAUGGAUUUCCCCUUCAUCCGUUUGCUAUAUUAUUUCUGAAUUGUUGACGAGUGAAGAUCACGAAACUAGGGCUGCUGCUCGUGAUUUCGAUUGGUAUAUAUUCCCUGUUACCAAUCCGGAUGGGUACAUUUGGACUCAUGAAAGUUUCAGGAUGUGGCGUAAAAAUAGACGACCAUUCGGCUCCUCAUUUGGUGUUGAUUUAAACAGAAACUGGAACAACAACUGGCUUGUCUCCGGGGCCAGUACGAGCCCAGCUUCUGAUAUCUACGCGGGCCCUGGCCCCUUCUCCGAGCCAGAGACGAGGUCGUUAUCAGACUACAUCAGGUCCAUCGGUGAUCAGAUUGACCUGUAUCUGUCGUUCCAUUCCUUCAGCCAGAUGUUGCUGCUCCCGUACGGGAAUACUACUGAGCAUAUUGAUAAUUAUUAUGAUGCGGUAAGCAUUGGACGCCGCGCCAUGGGAGCGCUGUCAGUAAGAUACCAAACGCAAUAUGUUACCGGGAAUAUUGCUGAAACUGCAUACCAAGCUACCGGCAGCAGUGUAGACUGGGUCAAGGGUCACCUGCGCGUCCCCCUAGUCUACUGCUACGAACUCCGAGACCGUGGGGCCUUUGGGUUCCUCCUGCCUACAGAUCAGAUCCUGCCCAACAAUGAAGAAACCAUGGAUUCGGUGCUAGAGAUCGUCCAUCAGGCUAAGAGGUUCGGGUAUAUGAAGGCGAAUAGUGCCGCUGGGUUGACGGGAUCGAUUGCCAUGUUUGGUCUAAUAAUGAUGGCAUACUUUUUGUGAAAUAUUUGAGUAAAAAUAAUUUAUUGGUUUUUAA